AUGAGGACGGAUGAUUACGUUACCCAGUUCCUGGCCCUCUCCAUCCAAGGAGGGCUUGGCAAUGAACAUGCAGUAGAACUGCUGGAGCGCAAUGUGAACCCUUGCAUUGCAGAACAGAUCUACUUGCAGGAUACAAGAAUCGGUAGAGCCAUGGAGCUCUACGCUAUGCACCAAGGUGGCGGGUCCACCAACAAAAAUAACUUUUCCCAGAGGAGCCCUGGGUUAUCAAACCAAAAACAAAAUCACUCUCGUGGGUUCCAACCAUUCGGGUUGCAGCCAGGGCAGGAGGGGCACAUAGCCCAAAAGUGUCCAAACGGAGCGCAAACUGCUCAACAAAAAAAUAACCAAGGGUGCCAGGUGCACCAAUUAGAAACAGAGAAACCAGAUGAUUGGCUCAAUACUCUGGCCGGUCGUUCGUACAAUGAAAUCCGGGCCUUCUUUUACGACCAGCAGGUCACUGAAAUGAAGACUGAGGGAAAAGAGUUCGGAGCUUAG